GAAGGAAAUCGCUCCUUCUCCAGCUUCUCCAAUAAAUCAUCGUCUGUGAACAUUCUUCUGCCUCCUGUGGGUCUGUACGCCGCCCUUCCCCGGGCUAAUUCUUCACAACUUGUAUACCUAUGACCCAGAGUUUCUUCUGAUAAUCAUGGGCUCAGAAUUCAUAUUUCUGUUGGCUAUCUUCGUAUUUAUCAAUCCUGCUGAUUUUCAUCCAGUGAUUCGUCCAAGUAAUGGGCUUCGUGAUUGCCACAAAAACCUUAGUGCCCCAGCACUCGAGGUUCUCCCUGGUGGAGGCUGGGACAACCUGCGCAACAUAGAUAUGGGUAGAGUGAUGAACCUAAGCUAUUCACUAUGCCAGACCACUGAAGAUGGCGUCUAUCUCAUUCCAGACGAAACAUUUGUCAUACCGCAGAAGAUGAGCUCAAUGGAGAUGAACUCUGAGAUGAUUAUGUCAUGGCUUCAACAGAAAAGUUCCACUUCAGAAUCGAUUAACGCUGAUGCUUCUUUUGACACAGUGGUGAAUGGCAAGUUCUCUACUGAGAACAGACGCAUGAAAACCCAUCAAGUGAAGGACAAGUCAGUUACAGCUCGGGUGCAGGUGCGUAACCAUCUGUACACAGUAAAGGCUUAUCCUGAUUUCACGUUGGAUGCACGUUUUGCCCGACAGGCAGAGGAAAUUGCAGAUGCUAUAGAGAACAACCAAACUCGCCAGGCUGCCUAUCUGUCAGAAAAGAUGGUGCUUGAUUAUGGUACACAUGUGAUCACAAGUGUGGAUGCUGGUGCUAUUUUGAUGGAGGAGGACUAUUUAAAAUUAUCUUAUAUUACUGAAACACAGUCCUCUCAGUCCACUGUUACAGCAUUGGCUGGUUUAAACUUUUUUAACAAAGCUAAAUUUGAUAUUGGCAGUAAGGAAUCACAAGAAACAUCUGAAACUAGGACCUACCAGAGUAGUAUUACACACUCCAUAACAUUGAGUCAUGGUGGAGCUUUGUUUUAUCCUGGUAUCACACUACAAAAAUGGCAGGAGAGCUGUUUAAACAAUCUUACUGCUAUUGACCGUAGUGGACUACCACUAAAUUUUUUUCUCAACCCAUCAACAUUUCCAGACCUCCCACUUCCAACAGUAAAUAAGUUAGCUCUGUCUGUGCAUAUGGCCAUAGAUCGUUACUACAAAAUGAACACCUAUCCUGGGUGUGUUAAUCCAGACUCCAAAAAUUUCAACUUCCAAGCCGAUGUGGAUGAUGCAUUCUGUGAAGGUCCGAGCACCAAUCUUAGCUUUGGUGGCGUUUACCAAACGUGUACGCCGCUGACUCCAGACGCAGGUGCAAUCUGUCAGGAACUUAAAGUGAAAAAUCCAGCCACUGGCUUGUAUUCCUGCCAAGAUCCAUUCACUACUAGACUAUUGCUCACUGAAGUGCAGGAAAGACCAUAUAAUAGUUAUGAGUGUAAAACAGAAUGUUCUUCAUUCCUGAUUUUUGAAAGUUGUGAAAAGGUAUGUCAAAAUGUGCAUCGUGUUCGACAAGCACAGGUUAACACUUAUUGGUGUUCCACUAAUGACAGAGUUCCAGAAUUCUCAGGAUAUCUCUUUGGUGGUCUAUUUGGCCCUUCUUUACUAAAUCCAUUAACCAAAUUAAGAUCCUGUCCAUCAAAUUUCUUUGCCUUGAAAUUUCUAUCCAAUGGCAUUAUGAUCUGUCUAAGCAAUGACUAUGAGGCAGCAACAAAAUUCUCUGUACCCUUCGGAGGUUUCUUUAGCUGCCAGUCCACCAAUCUGCUUGCAUGGAGUCAAUCGCGCUGCCCACCUCAGUUCAGCCAACAUCUCAUUGCCAUAAGCGAUGGAUGCCAGGUACUCUACUGCGUUCAGUCAGGUAUUUUCACUGGUGGUGAGUUACCCCCCAUCCAUCUACCACCCUUCACAAGACCGCCAGUGAUCAGUAUGAUCACCUCAAACACUGUGUUUGUGAUGACUGAAGGAAACCAGGCCUGGGUAAGAAUCAAAGGGACCAAGAAGGUGGCCAAGCCUGAGGACAUUGCAGAAAUCUCCAAAAUAUUUCAGGACCCUUCUACACAGUCACAGAAAAAAAUGGUUGGUAUAGCCUUUGGUGCUGUUGCCUUGAUUGCUUUUGUGGUGGUAGUAGCAGUGUUAGUGGUAAGGAAGAACAUUUUUCUAAGAGGUAGAGGCUAUGAGGAGAUUCGUAGUGAGGGACAGAGUGAGACUACUGUAGAAUGUCAGACAGAGCAACAAUCUGAGUGUCUGACCGACAGUCUCUUGGCAUAGUGGUUUUGUCCCUGUGUUAUUAUAUUAUAAAUAUUAUAAUAUUUAGUGUGCAUCUCCAAUUACGGUUUGUGCAUGUAUGAUGUCAGUAAACUAGUUCAAUCUAUACUUUACUAGCAGACUCAUACACCUGAACGAUUCUGCACGCAGCCUUAAACGUAUGCUUUUGCAUGUGUUAUGACACUAGGGGCACUGCUUUACAGCCAACUGGUUGUCUAGAAUAUGAUACAUUGUAGGUU